AUGGAGGAUGUCGAGGCUUCCCGCCUGCAGCUCCAAAGACUCUCGCUGCACCGGCACUGCAGCCAUGCGACGGCCUUAUUUGCAGCGAUGCUACCGGGCGUCUACGUGUGCUCCAAGUGUGGCUACGAGCUCUUCUCCAGCCAGGCCAAGUACGAGCACUCGUCGCCGUGGCCGGCGUUCACCCAGACGGUCCACGCCGACAGUGUGUCCAAGUACGAGGAGCGCCCGGGCGCCCUGAAGAGGUGCCGUGGAAGCCCAGUUAACCUGCCUGCUCCCCCCUUCCCAGGCGUCUACGUGUGCUCCAAGUGUGGCUACGAGCUCUUCUCCAGCCAGGCCAAGUACGAGCACUCGUCGCCGUGGCCGGCGUUCACCCAGACGGUCCACGCCGACAGUGUGUCCAAGUACGAGGAGCGCCCGGGCGCCCUGAAGGUGUCGUGCGGCAAGUGCGGCAAUGGCCUGGGCCACGAGUUCCUCAACGACGGGCCGAAGAAGGGGCAAUCCCGCUUCUGAAUAUUCAGCAGCUCGCUGAAGUUCGUCCCCAAAGCCAAAGCAGACCAGGGGCUGACAGGGAAGUAAGCGAGCUGCCGCACUUCACGUAGAGGG